GCUAUAUAGAGCGCCCUGCAAGUGAAGACACAACAGACGUGGAGCACAAUCGCGUUUGACUCAUUCAUGGAAAUAUUCUAACAGAUACAAUGUCACAUAAGCUGACGGACGUUUAUGAUUACGAAUACAUCGACAGCGCGCAUCCUAAUGAGCUGCUGGAGACCCUGAGACACUUCUACCUCACCGGUGCCUUUACGGACGUUACCCUACAAUGUGCCGAGUCCGGACAGGUGUUCCACUGCCACAAAGCGGUGCUCUCAGCCCGUAGCUCCUAUUUCAAAGUGAUGUUUACGGCCGAUAUGAAGGAGAGAUCCGAAACUGUGAUCAAUCUGUCCGGGGUGCGCUGUGGGGUUCUGGCGGAUUUGGUUAACUACGUUUAUACUGCCCAUGUGCGCAUCACAGAAGACAAUGUUCAGAGUUUACUGGAGGCAGCGGAUCUAUUCCAGUUCAUAUCAGUAAAACAGGCCUGUGAGGAGUUUCUCGUGCGCCUCCUGGAUGUUGAUAAUUGUUUGGGAAUGCACGCUUUUGCGCAACUGCACCUGUGCCACGGUUUGGAGAAGGAGGCUCAGAGGAUGACGCUCAGCAGGUUUUCAGAGAUCAUACAACAGGAAGAAAUGCUAGACCUGGACCUUGAAACGAUGAAAACGUUUUUAUUGGGUCAUAAUUUAGGGGUACAGUCAGAAGAAAUGUUACUGGAUACAAUAACGAAAUGGAUAAGCCACGAUAUUAAUAGACGCAUUCGGUAUGUUGGUGAUUUAUUACGCACAAUUAAUCUAGAUUUGGAUGAGAAUAAUGCCCCUUUUGAGACACAUGGACAGCGUUUACUCAUUAAUGCGGAAAAUGUGAAAUCACUGAUCACACAAGCAGCAAAGUCAAGCAUCAAGUGUCUGCUCACAAAGAGAAAAGUGUCUUCUCAAAAUAUGUACAUUAUCGGGGGAUAUUAUUGGCAUCCUUUAUGUGAAGUUCACAUUUGGGAUCCAAAAAGUAACACGUGGGUACAGGGGAAGCAGAUGCCCGACCCAGACAGAGAGAGUUACAGCGUGAGUUUACUGGGGGCAAAUAUCUAUGUGACUGGAGGUUACAGAACUAACACGGUGGAAGCCCUGGAUGAGGUCUUUAUUUAUAACUGUGACGAGGAGGAAUGGAGUCAGAGUUGUUCAAUGAUAACAGCCCGAUAUUACCACUGCUCCGUGGCGCUGCAUGGAUGUAUUUAUGCAAUAGGAGGCUACAGGGGAGGUGCCCCAGAGAAAGACUGCGAGUUUUAUGACCCCUUAAAAAAACAGUGGUUCCCAGUGGCCCAAAUGAUACAAGGUGUUGGAAAUGCCACAGCAUGUGUAAUGGGAGAUAAGAUCUAUGUGACUGGUGGCCAUUAUGGAUACAGAGGCAGCUGCACCUAUGAAAAAGUUCAGGUUUUUCAACCCACUGUCAACGAGUGGAGUGUUAUUACCAUAAGUCCUCAUCCAGAAUAUGGUUUGUGUUCAGUGUCUCUCAACAGUAAUAUGUACUUGGUGGGAGGACAGACCACCAUGGUGGACUGUUACAGCCCAGACAGUAACGAGUGGAAAGCAAUUUCGGAGAUGAAGGAGCGCAGGAUGGAGUGUGGGGCUGUGGCUAUAAAUGGUUGUAUUUAUGUAAGCGGGGGAUACUCCUAUUCAAAAGGAACUUAUCUAGAGAGCAUUGAGAAGUAUGACCCUGAACUGGACUCAUGGGAGAUUGUGGGUACUCUGCCCAGCCCCACCAGGUCUCACGGAUGUGUUUGUGUUUAUAGUCUUUAGUUGUAUGUCAUGAUAGAAUGAGGUGUAAAACGUUUAGUUUUUCAAACUUUCUUAGUGCCAAUUUAAACAAUGUAAAUCAAUAAAUUCUGAAACAACAACAAAUCACAAAUUGAAGGUAGGGUUUAUUAUUAAUGUAUGAAUGAAUAUAGUAUUUAUAUAUGUUUAUUUAAUUUUAAUCAAAGUUUACACAAUACAGUCUUAACACCUUACCUUAUAAAGUCAUUUGUGCUAAACUCUGAAAUUCACACUCUAGUGACAUGGCAUGGAAACCAGAGGAAUCCUACUCACCACUGUGAAGAACUCCAUCAUGACCUAUAGAGCUUUAGAUAAGUACAUCAUUCAGAUCCUGAAAGGGGAAAUUUAGGUGUCAAGUACCAUACAGUAACAAGUAACAUACACCCCAGGGUUUUACAAUAAAUUAAAUACAAUUUAAACGUG